AUGUCCUUGAAAGGACUGCUCAAACGAAUUGUUGUUCUUGGUGCUCAGGUAAGAGAUUGUUGCUUUGUUCCUUGAUUGUUGCUCAUAGAUUUCGUUCGCGUUCAGAAAUGGACGACUACCGGUAAAACAAUUUCAAACAGCCAUAAAACUUGCCGAGCGACGGGUAUUCCCAGGAAUUCUCUACCGGAAUCGGGCGCUUCGAUUCGUAAGUCAAGGUCUUCCAUGUUUCCCAAAUAAUUUUUCCGUUACUUAGGUCUUGAUUUAAUGGUUAUUCACCAAAUUCGUUAAUUAUACGUUUAGAUUCAAAGAACAUUUGUAUCCAGGAAUCUAGCUCGUCCAUUUUCGACUUUCCACUAUCGAAAUGUGCAUUAUUUAUAUAACAGGCGAGAGUUCCGGCUUUGGAAGCUGAAUCCAUCCUUUUCCCCUUUGGAAAGAAUCAGAGUAAGUUUAUCAAAGAGAAGUAUAAUUUUUAGAACAUUUUUAUAUCCAAUCCACGUUAUAAUGAGAGCAUAAUCGAGGAAAGGUUUCCAGAAAGUCUCGAUGGGUAUGAAAUAGGUAGGUACCUUGGUUUGAUAAUUAUCUUUUUUAGGUGAUUAUAUUGCUCAUGGAUGCAAUGCUGCUGUCUAUGGAUUGCGCGUGGACGGUGGUAGACCAUCUGACGAAGAGGUAAGCAUAAUUUUGGCAUGUAUAAUAUAAUUGAUCUUUCAGAAGUUUCCACUAGCCUUGAAGAUCAUGUUUAAUUAUGAUUAUUCGUUACCGGAGAGGUAUAUCUGGGAAGGAAUGGGGACUGAAUUGGUGCCUUUAAAAUCAUUGCCGAAGAGUGCCUUGGUUGGACAAAUGGGAGGGUGAGAAUUAACAAUGCAAUGUUGUUUUACUGUUUAGAUUCAAACCUUUUAAACGUCAGCAUCCUAAUAUAAUAAAAAUGCACACUGCAUUUGUCGAUCUCAUGCCCCAUUUAAGAGAAGCAGCAGAAUUGUUUGAAGAAGCAGCUCCCAGUCUGGAUAACUUUGGUCUAAUUCAUGAUCCCAAGACAUUGUUUGUCGUCAUGAAAAGGUUGGUUUGUCUGUUAUUUAUUAUUAUUCUUUUUUAUUUUUAGGUAUCGGACAACUCUUCGCGAAUACAGUUUGAGGAUGGAGAUCCCGAAAAGAUCAGGGCAAGUCUUAUUUGGUCAACUCUUGGAAGCCUUAGUUUACCUAAGUGAUCAAGGGAUUUGUCAUCGAGAUAUGAAGAGUGACAACAUCCUUCUUGAUUAUGAUUAUGAUGGUGAGAUAUUCGAGGAAAGACGUUUAUUUUUUAGAUGAGAUUCCUCAUCUUGUUUUAAGCGAUUUUGGAUCGGCCUUGGUCUCAGGAUUCAAACAAACUUAUAUCGAUGAAUUCACAGAUCUUGGGGGGAAUAUCGCCCUCAGGGCACCGGAGAUUAGCCGGGCUAAUUUAUCGCCAGGAAAGGUGUUGGAUUACAGUAAGGCCGACCUGUGGUCAGCUGGAGCGAUUGGAUACGAGAUGUUCGGACAGUGAGUAGUUUAAUUGUAACGUAAAGUCUUGUUUUAGACAAAAUCCGUUCUACUCGCGGUAUUCAAGCAGAACUUACCAGGAGAAGGAACUCCCCACUUUACCUUCGAUUACUCCGAAUGUAAUUAGCAAACUCAUAGGACAAUUACUAAAAAUACAUCCAUCUGAACGGCCAGAUGUAAAGUUAGCGGCGAAUGUAGUGGCAUUUUCAUUGUUCAGUUUAUGGAAUGACAUCAAGAUUGGCAUGAAAUCAUUGAUGAAAGAACUAUUGGAAAGCGAUAACAAGGUGAACAUUUAAGAACUACUUAUUGUUUUUGUCAUUUCAAUACUAAUUCCGCCAUUUCUAGCACGAGGUUGUGAAUAAGGUCUUAACUUUAUUUGCGGCGGAGACCUUCACCGCCCGAUCUUCUUACGAAUUCUUCAGCUCGGAACUCCAACUCCGGGCCACCUUCUUUUCCCGAGUCGCCUUCCAGCCAAUAUAUCAGAGUCUUCUUUAUUUCGAUAAUAAAGAAGGCGCCUGA